AUGUGGAUGUCGUGCCUGUCUCAGAGAGUUUCGGGCCAUAGCUGGGCCGGCCGUUCCUGCCGUGAGAGUCGUGGGGGGCUGGCCCAGUCCCAGUCUCCGGAGCGAAAGGUUGUGCCCUGCAGCCGAUGGUGGGCCAAGCAGGCAUUGCUUGCCGCCUUGCUCCUGGAGGUGUGCGAGCGGCACAGCUUCAUGCUGAUGCUUCUGCUGGUAGCUGCUGCAGCAGCUGCACUGUUGCGAAGCUGUGGUGCAGACGCGAGGCGGUUGGCCUGGCACCUGCUACGCACCCGGCAGCCCAAUGCAAAGCUCUACAGACAGGCGAGCGCCUUCUGCAGCAGCUAUGGUGCCAUUGAGGUUCGCGAAGUCCUUGAAGACGAAGAGCUUUGCGAAGAAUUUGCACGGCACCUGAACUUGAGACCAUUGGAGCUAAAGCGCUUUACUUCCGUGGCCGCAGAGGUGCGGGCUGAUCCUGGAAUUGAGCUGGUGGAUGCUGAGGAGCUCCCGGAGGAGGCGGAGUCUGCUGAGAGCCCUGCAGACGAGGUCCCCAGUGCUGAGCACCAUUCCUUCCGCACAAGCGGAUGGAAUUCCAAGCGUGGCAUCAGAAGUGCACGCGGCGGGCGAGGCCGUGGGGGCUUGGGUCACUACUUUGAUAGUGUGGCAUCCGACGAUCGAGACGUGCGAGGAGGCCGUGCCGGCGCCGGCCACUACUUCGAUAGUGUGGCAUCAGACGACCGAGAUGUGGGGGGAGGCACCCAUGCAGCGCAACGGAGCCAUGCAGCAAAUCCAUACUUCAGUAGCCAGGUGGGCGAAUCGUCGCCGGGUGAGGACGUUUGUGAAAGCUGCGGCUCUCGAAAUGUAGGUCGACACAUGUGCUUCGACUGCGGAGCAGAGCGAGCGCCGCCUGCACGGGAGGCUGCCGCAUCAAGACGAGGCGGUGCAAGUACUCCGAGUGCGCAGGCAGGGAAGGCGGUGGGCAAGUCAGCCGCAACCGCAUCCACGCCCAAGCGAAGGUUCUGCAUCAACUGUGGGAGUCAGCAGCUGCCACACGCAAAAUUUUGCUCCGAAUGUGGGAGCCGAAUGGAUGAGCCUGCGCAGAGACAGUCCGAGCCGAGCUAUGCAGGAGAAGCGCAACGGGUAGCAGCCGAGACACGACCGGGCGGUCUUCGACCUGGAGGUGGAGGUUCCGGGCACUACUUCGAGGCGGAGGCUCAGGAGCCUUCGGACCCAAGCCAUCCCAGCCUUGCGGAGCUGCGGGCCGAGGCGUUGGCUGGGCCGCCAAAGGAGCGAGGCAUUGGAGCCUACAUCCGCAGUGUUGAGGGCGAGCUUUGGGGCCGUGUUGUUGCCGACACUGGGCGAACCUGGAAGUUGGCAUCGGGGCGGUCUGCCAAGAAAGAGAAUGAGGGCCGGGCCUGGAACUUUGAUCCGGAUCCUUCUCGCCGAGAUCAGCCCAGGUCUGCUCCUUCGAGGAGGGCGGAUGAGGCUAUGUGCAGCGCUGGAAGGAAGACAUCUGUCCUGGAUGAGCUGGCAGAAAAAAAGCGCCACGAUGAGGAGGCCUUGGCUGCCAAGCGCGAGGCGGCACGGCAGAGGCGAAGGGCGCAGGACCAACCUGCAGCAGAGCGACGGGUUGACCCCGACGACAACAAAGCAUACACUUGGGAAGAGCUGAGGCAACGCUACCUUGGCAUGUUCUCAGAUGUCGAGCUGACGGAAUAUUGGGACAAGGACUGCAAACCUACACGUCCAGCGGCUGGCGCUCCGAAGCGCGAUGUUCCAGAACGUGCACCUCGCAAGGCGGCAGAGCGCCGCCGUGAUCCAGACGACGGGCACGGGUACAGUUUUGACGAGCUGCUGAAGAAGUACCGCUCUGCGUUUUCAUUGGCAGAGAUCGAAGAGUACUGGUUGGAGGAGUGCCAGCCGUGCUCGUGA